AUGCGUCGCUGUGACUGUCACUCGUCAUUUGCGUGCACGUGCACGUGCGCCAGCAGAAGCAGAAGCAGAAGCGCGGCGGGCGAGGCCGCCCAGGCCAUCGUCGACGAUCUCAAGAAGCUCAAGUUGGGGCUUGAGAUGCCUACGGUGCUGCAGACCUCCGCCGAGGACGGUCUCAGGAAGAGCGACAACAAGGCGCUGGACAACCUGCUGCUGCGCAAGAUGAUCGUGGUGCCAAGCUCCGAGAUCUACGGCGGCAUGACGCUGCUGUGCAAUUUCAAGAGCGGCAACCACAAGAAGUCGGCGGUGCUCAGCAUCCAGACGGCGGUCAUGGGCUCAGACACUCUGGACCGACUGCUGGCGGGCAUGUCACUGCUCGAGAUCCUGGUGAACGACAACUACAGCACGUUC